CACAUCCUGCCUCUCAUGGGAAAUGUCACUGGCAUCCACUGGUGGGUGGGGUUGUUUUCUGCUCACUGUUAGUGGGUGCCCCUUUCCCAUCGCAAACCUGCCACCGCAGGGCACGUGCUGAGGUCUGGACCUGCUGGCUGCCAUCCACACAGGGAUUGAACCCCUUGGAGGAAAGGGACAGGGACAGCUACUGAGCACAGGAGUGAGGUGUGCGUUACAUUCCUGGGGAGGUUCUAUCAGGGCUUAAACGACCUUAAUGCUGAGUUCACACCAGCCAGUGUGGAAAAGGAACUCUUAAAAGCCUGUAAAGAGGCAAAAGGCAAAGAGAAUCGAUUUUGUUAUUACAUUGGAGCCACUAGUGAUGCAGCCACAAAAAUCAUUAAUGAGGUGUCAAAACCCCUUAGUCAUCACAUUCCUGUGGAAAAAGUCUGUGAGAAACUGAAGAAAAAAGACAGCCAGAUCUGCGAGCUAAAAUAUGACAAACAGAUUGACCUGAGCACUGUGGACCUGAAGAAACUGAGAGUGAAAGAGCUGAAGAAGAUCCUAGAUGACUGGGGUGAAACAUGCAAGGGCUGCGCAGAGAAAUCAGACUAUAUACGUAAAAUCAAUGAACUAAUGCCUAAAUAUGCACCAAAGGCAGCCAGUUCACGGACGGAUCUCUGACCACUGUGGCAGUCUCCAUCCUGCUAGAACCUCUCACAAAUUACAUUAACCUCUCUAUUUUGUUUCUUAAGCCUUUUUUGUAACUUAUUUAAGCGGGCUUCUACCAGUGUCAGACUUGGAAGUGUGGAGCGAUGUGUGAAAUGCUGGUUUCACAGCCCCCAUUUUGUCUCUAGUUUGUAUUUCUCUUGCCUCUGGUUUGCUUUAGGACAUCACACUAUGUAUGGGAUUUUUUUUAUUAAAGUAAAAAGAAAUCUACUCUU